AGAACUUAAAAGUAUUUAUGAAUGCGCGAAGUAUAAGAAGUAAAGUAGAUGAGCUUGAGGCUCAGUUAGAGGUUGGUAGAUAUGACAUUGUGGGGAUUACUGAGACGUGGCUGCAGGAGAAUCGGGCCUGGGAACAAUAUUCAGGGUUAUACAUCCUAUAGAAAGGGUGGGCAGAGGAGGGGUAGCUCUGCUGGUGAGGGAUGGAAUUCAGUCCCUUGCGAGGGAAGACAUAGGGACUGACGAGGUAGUCACUGUGGAUUGAGUUGAGGAAUUGUAAAGGCAAGAAGACACUAAUUGGUGUUAUCUACAGACCCCCAAAAAGUAGCCUGAAUGUAGGGUGUAAGUUGCAGCAGGAGUUAAAACUGGCAUGUAACAAAGGUAAUGGCACUGUGGUGAUGGGGGUUUUCAAUAUGCAGGUAGACUGGGAAAAUCAGGUUGGUUCAGGACUCCAAGAAAGAGAGUUUGUAGAGUGCCUCUGAGAUGGAUUCUUAGAGCAGUUUGUAAUGGAGCCGACCAGAGAAAAGGCAAUUUAGGAUUUAGUGUUGUCUAAUGAACCAGAUUUGAUAAGAGUACUUGAGGUAAAGGAACCGCUUGGAGGUAGUGAUCAUAAUAUGAUUAGUUUUAAUCUGCAGUUUGAGAAGGAGAAGGUUAAAUUGUAAGUGACAGUGAUGCAGUUGAACAAAGGGGACUCUGAAUGUAUGAGAGAGGAGCUGGCCAAGGUAGACUGGAAAGAGAUCCUAGCAAGAAGGACGGUGGAACAGCAAUGGCAGGAAUUUCUGGACAUAAUCCAGAAGACGCAGGGUCAUUUCAUUCCAAAAAGGAAGAAAGAUUCUAAGGGGCGUAGGAGGCAACCGUGGCUGACAAGAGAAGUUAGGGAUAGAAUAAAACUAAAAGAAAAGAUGUAUAACACAGCAAAGAGUAGCUGGAAGCCAGAGGAUUGGGAAACUUUCUUAGAACAGAAGGAAACAAAACGGGCAAUACGGGCUGAAAAGAUGAAGUACGAAGGGAAGCUGGCCAGGAAUAUAAAGAAGGACAGUAAAAGCUUCUUAAAUAUGUUAAGGGAAAAAGAGUAGCAAAGUCAAAUGUGGGUCCCUUGAAGGCAGACACGGGUGAAAUUAUUAUGGGUAUCAAGGAAAUGGCAGAAGAGUUGAACAGGUACAUCGGAUCUGUCUUCACUAAGGAAGACACGAACAAUCUCCCAGAUAUACUGGAGGACAGAGGAUCUAAGGGGGUAGAGGAACUGAAAUAAAUUUUCAUUAGGCGAGAAAUAGUAUUGGGAAGGCUAAUGGGAUGAUAAAUCCCCUGGGCUGGAUGGUCUCAUCCCUGGGUCCUCAGGGAGGUGGCUCUAGAAAUAGUGGACACAUUGGUGAUCAUUUUCCAAUGUUCAAUAGAUUCAGGAUCAGUUCCUGUGGAUUGGAGGAUAGCGAAUGUUUUCCCACUUUUCAAGAAAGGAGCGAGAGAGAGAAAACGGGAAAUUACAGUUAGCCUGACUUCGGUAGUGGGAAAGAUGCCGGAGUCAAUUAUUAAAGAGGUAAUAAUGGGACAUUUGGAUAGCAGUAAAAGGAUUAGUCCAAGUCAACAUGGAUUUAUGAAAUGGAAAUCAUGCUUGACUAAUUUUCUGGAAUUUUUUGAGGAUGUGACAAGUAAAAUGGAUGAAGGGGAGCCAGUGGAUGUAGUGUAACUAGACUUUCAGAAAGCCUUUGAUAAAAUCCUGCACGGAAGUCUGGUGACUAAAAUUAGAGCACAUGGUUUUGGGGCUAGGAUGUUGACAUGGAUAGAAAAUUGGUUGGCAGACAGGAAGCAAAGAGUAGGCGUGAACGGGCCCUUUUCAGAAUGGCAGGCAGUGGCGAGUGGAGUGCCGCAAGGCUUGGUGUUGGGGCUGCAACUGUUUACCAUAUAUAUUAAUGAUUUGGAAGAGGGAAUUAGGAGCAACACUAGCAAGUUUACGGAUGACAAAAAGUGGGUGGCAAUGUGAACUGUGAAGAGGAUGCUAGGAGGUUGCAGGGUGACCUGGACAGGUAGAAUGAGUGGGCAGAUGCAUGGCAGAUGCAGUAUAAUAUAGAUAAAUGUGAGGUUAUCCACUUUCAUGGCAAAAACUUGGGGGCAGAUUAUUAUCUCAAUGGGGUUAGGUUAGGUAAGGGGGAGGUGCAGCGAGACCUGGGUGUCCUUGUACACCAGUCACUGAAAGUUGGCACGCAGGUACAGCAGGCAGUGAAGAAAGCUAAUGGAAUGUUGGCCUUCAUAACAAGAGGAUUUCAGUAUAGAAGUAACGAGGGUCUUCUGCAGUUGUAUAGGGCUCUGGUAAGACCACAUCUGGAGUAUUGUGUACCAUUUUGGUCUCCUAAUUUGAGGAAGGACAUCCUUGUGAUUGAGGCAGUGCAGCGUAGGUUCACGAGAUUGAUCCGUGGGAUGGCGGGACAGUCAUAUGAGGAAAGAUUGAAAAGACUAGGCUUGUAUUCACUGGAGCUUAGAAGGAUGAGGGGGUAUCUUAUAGAAACAUAUAAAAUUAUAAAAGGACAGGAAAAAUGUUCCCAAUGUUGGGCGAGUCCAGAACCAGGGGCCACAGUCUUAGAAUAAAGGGGAGGUCAUUUAAGACUGAGAUGAGAAAACACUUUUUCACCCAGAGAGUUGUGAAUUUGUGGAAUUCCCUGACACAGAGGGCAGUGGAGGCCAAAUCACUGGAUGGAUUUAAGAGAGAGUUAGAUAGUGCUCUAGGUGCUAGUGGAAUCAAGGGAUAUGGGGAGAAGGCAGGCACGGGUUAUUGAUUGGGGACGAUCAGCCAUGAUUACAAUGAAUGGCGGUGCUGGCUUGAAGGGCCGAAUGGCCUCCUCCUGCACCUAUUUUCUAUGUCUAUGUCUAUGGAUGACAAGUAAAUUACUGCAGGAUUUGAAAAUCUAAAAUAAAAAUGGAAAAUUUUGAAAGUACUUAGAAAGGGAAACAACUGGCAAAUCAGUCAAAACAAAUUCACAGCGUUAAAUAUUAUUUUAGAUAUUUUUGAAUUCCUUCAUCUAUAGUUCUUUGACUUUUAAAGCAAAUGCUGAACUUUCUCAAAAUAUUUGCCCACCUCAUCUAUAGCUCUUGAUAAUCUGCCUCUACAGCAGUGAUCCACAUUUCUCCUGCAAAAAUUCAAAGGGAAAAACCAGUAGUUGGACCCUCCUGGGCUCAGAAACAUGAAGAUCAUAAAAAACAGUAACUCAAUCAACUGAGUAAUUCAAUCUGACAUGAUAGAGGAUGGAAGAGAAAGGUCAUUAACAAUUUACAAAUUUUUGAUUGUGUUUUGAAUUAGUGAUUUUAAGAACACAUAAAAACAUUUUAAAUUUGUGUUGUUUCAUUAUUCCAUGAUUGAGUGGCCAAUCUGUUUCAAUACUGUGGAGGAUGGUAAAAAAUCUUGAAGGUCACAGUUUAGAGGUUAUUGCAUGUGAGUUAUGGGUUACAGGAUUAAGUGGGAUAUGGUCGUUGGGGCUAUUGAUCUAACUGAACAUAUGAAAAUAGCACCCCUUGUGCAUUGGGGAGCUUUAGUUUCAGGCUCACCAUCUUCUCCAUUAUUAAUGUUGCUACCUUCAUCCAAAUAGGUGUCUUCAUUGGUGACUUUUCUGUCCCAUGUUCUUCGGACGCAGCAUACCACAAUACUCCAGCUGGUGAAUAUCACAGUUAAUUUCCAGAUCAAUCAAAUGACUUGGACGUUAACUUGAACAUUCUGACGAGUUGCUAGAUAAUGCAUCACAUGCUGAUCUGUUGCUUGCCUACUCUUGGAUGGAGGUUCCCAGUGAGGUUCUUGGUCACAGAUGAAGAAAAUAGCCCUUGUCCCCAAGGAGCCAAACUAAUUAAUCCAUUUUGAUGAAUUGUCUCAGGACUGAAUCGCUAGCCGUUUUUCUUCAAGUGCUGCCUGAUCUGAAACUUGAGAAUGAGCGGGAAAACCUGGAUGGCCGGUCGGACACAGCAGCAUCCACUGCACGGAGUUUGGACGGCCAGGGAGAUGCACUACACAAUGCACUGAAACGGAAAAAAGGCUUGCUCCAAAAACUGAGGGAGCAGCACAUGCUGGAUGAAUGCUCCAGGCCCCACACCUGGGGUGGGACCCGGAGACGAUAUCCUCGCCUGGAACCCAUUCAGCAGGCACCACCGAUUCACGUAUAUCAUCAACAACCACCGGAGCAGCCACGGAUCAUCCAACACCCGUACCCUCAGCAACCCACAACGAUCAUACAACAGUUACCACAGCAACAGCCACUCAUCACGCAGAUCCCACCUGCACAGACACUGCCUCCAAUCAGGUCUGGCAGCAUCAAGGAGGAUAUGGUUGAAAUGAUGUUAAUGCAAAAUGCCCAAAUGCAUCAGAUAAUUAUGCACAAUAUGAUGUUGAAAGCACUGCCUCCAAUGGCAUUUUCCCAGCAUGGAGCUUCUGCCAGUCCUAUGGUUUCUCAGGUACAGGAUGUUCAGUCGGCUGUGCCAUUUGUAGUAAAAACAGAGAAGCCUCGUCCAUCUUCAGUGCACCAUCAUCAUCACUACUCUUCCCAAGGACAGCCCACAGCACAUCCACCUCCUCUCCCACCAAUAGGACACCCACUGUGGGCAUCUAUGCUACCUUCCAACCCUAUGGCACAUUACAACAGCUUGCAGCCUUCAGUGCAACACAUGAUGGGUCCCACAAUGACACUUCCUGCCUUACAAACGGAAUUAGCAGAUGGGACCUCCCGGAUGCCUCCUGGGUUGUAAGUGCAGACUAAUGAAACCUUAAGCUCCAGUAUGCAACGGAUUAAUAUCACCCAGUCGGCAAUUUAAAUUUUGGAAGAAUGGAUUCUGAUCACUAUCCAAAUGUUGGAGUGUGGAGGUUCAGAACAAUUUUAAUGGAAAUUUAUAUCAUUCUAUCGUGGAUAGUCAAUGGUACAAAUGUAUAAAGUACAAAGAAAAAAUGUUAAAUUUAUUUGAUAGAUUCAAAAACAUGUAGCCUGUUUAUCCCAUUGAAUAAACAGAAAAGCAACACAUAUAGGCGACUCCUCAUUAUGGGGGCUGGAGGGAGAGUGGAUUGCAUUCCUAAAAAAUAGUCCUAUUGCAGUUUUCCAUAAUGCAAAGCCAUGUCAUUGGUGCAUGCAUCAAAGAAAGUUUAUUUAUUUACCUCCUUUCACAUAUACCACAAGAGUGAAUUUUAUUCUGUAUCUCAUAUUUUCUGGCAGUUACUUGUUCAUUCCAUUACAUUUGAUUUCUGUUACACGUGGCCGUAAUGUGGAGACAAUCUGCAUUACCUAUCUUACUGAAGAACAACUCAAUAUCUCAGACAUAACGUUUAUGCUUUUAUAUAAACAAGGCACACAUUUUCCAGCCUAUGAAAUUUUCCAUCCAUUUGCUCAACUAUCAUGAACCAUUCAUUCACUCACUCAAUGAGAUCCAUUUGAUUCCAUCUAUAGGCUUCAUUUUUAACUAUAAAAGUCCUUCACAAUCAGUGACUCAACAGCAAGAAGGAAACCAAAAAUAUAAGAAUCAAUUCAUGACUGGUU